UUCAUUUCAUUUUCAGUAAUUGUUGAUUACUUUUACCAGUUUUACACAUUAAUCGUCUUCUUUAUCUUUUCUACUCGAAAUUAUGGCGAUCGAUAGAGGGACCCUUACAACCCUUGCAGGCAUUUGCGGAAACAUCAUCUCUUUCGGCUUGUUUCUUUCCCCACUCCCAACACUGAUCAGAAUAUGCAAGCAAAAAGCAGUUCAUGCGUUCAAGCCUGAUCCAUACUUGGCUACCACUCUGAAUUGCAUCAUGUGGUUGUUCUACGGGCUACCCCUUGUCACAAAAGACAACCUGUUGGUUAUUACUAUCAAUUCUGCAGGUCUUAUAAUGGAGUUGGGCUAUGUCACCAUCUUCUUCAUCUAUUCUCCCUGGGCAAAGCGCAGGAGAAUUACGUAUGUUCUUAUCUUUGAGGUCGUGUUCGCCGCCGUUGUGGUUUUCGUCACCUUGUUUUUCUUCCAUUCUCUUAAAGAUAGAGCCAUGAUAGUGGGCAUUUUGUGCAUCGUCUUCAAUGUAAUUAUGUACACUUCUCCUCUAACAGUCAUGAAAAUGGUGAUCAAGACAAAGAGCGUCAAGUACAUGCCGUUUACUCUCUCAUUAGCAAACUUUGUCAAUGGCUGCAUCUGGAGUCUUUAUGCAAUUCUUAAACGUGAUACAUAUGUCUUGAUACCCAAUGCUUUAGGAACAUUAUCUGGUGUAGUGCAGCUAGUGAUGUACGCAGUUUACUAUAAAACAACAAAUUGGGACGAGGAUGAUGAAGAAGAUAUACCACAAGAAGUCCAACUCUCCAAUAAUGCUUGAAUACCACUCCAUUGGCAGCUUCCAGCUUUCUAAAUUUUGGUAAUAAAUUUCUGUAUUGAAGAGUAAAAUGGACAA